GGUGCAGGUGCCGAUCGCCAUGGGUUAGGCCCAAAAUCGGAGUCCGGCCGCUCCCCGCAGCAGCCGCCUCCUGCUCCCCGCGCGCCCCCGGGGCGCCACCAUGUCGGGUGACAAACUCCUGAGCGAACUCGGCUAUAAGCUGGGCCGCACGAUUGGUGAGGGAAGCUACUCCAAGGUGAAGGUGGCGACGUCCAAGAAAUACAAAGGUACGGUGGCCAUCAAGGUGGUGGACAGGCGACGCGCGCCUCCGGACUUCGUCAACAAGUUUCUGCCGCGGGAGCUGUCCAUCCUGCGGGGCGUGCGGCACCCGCACAUCGUUCACGUCUUCGAGUUCAUCGAGGUGUGCAACGGGAAGCUGUACAUCGUCAUGGAGGCCGCUGCUACCGACCUGCUGCAAGCGGUGCAGCGCAGCGGGCGCAUCCCCGGGACGCAGGCGCGCGAGCUCUUCGCGCAGAUCGCGGGCGCCGUGCGCUACCUGCACGACCACCACCUGGUGCACCGCGACCUCAAGUGCGAGAACGUGCUGCUGAGCCCCGAUGAGCGCCGUGUCAAGCUCACCGACUUUGGCUUCGGCCGCCAGGCGCACGGUUACCCGGACCUGAGCACCACCUACUGCGGCUCGGCCGCCUAUGCGUCGCCCGAGGUGCUGCUGGGCAUCCCCUACGACCCCAAAAAGUACGACGUAUGGAGUAUGGGCGUCGUGCUCUACGUCAUGGUCACCGGGUGCAUGCCCUUUGACGACUCGGAUAUCGCCGGCCUGCCCAGGCGCCAGAAGCGAGGCGUGCUCUACCCCGAGGGCCUCGAGCUGUCCGAGCGCUGCAAGGCCCUGAUCUCCGAGCUGCUCCAGUUCAGCCCCUCUGCCAGGCCCUCGGCCGGCCAGGUAGUGCGCAACAGCUGGCUGCGCUCGGGAGACUCCGGCUAGGAGCCGGGGUGCCAGGGCUGCCCCGAGCCAGCCAGCCCCGCGCGCGCAGGGAAAGAGCGCCGCUGGGGACUGGCGACCGAGCCUCCGC